UCACUUUCACCGGAUUUAAUCUCCCUUUGCGUCUAUCGUACCAUAGUGACAUUUCAUAUACUGUUUUAAAUAUUUAGGCACUGUCCACGCGAUACCAUGGCACCAUAUAGUAUUAGAAAGAAUUUAUUAAAAACAAAAAAGUCACAUUUAACCUCAAAAUUUCUUCAUUCAUUUAUGUAUUAGUAAAUAUUAUUAUUAGUGUAACAACAUGUUUAGAUGACUUUUAUAUUUUUUAAUUAUUGUUUGUUUAUAGCAAAACACAUCACAAAGCAAAAAAAUUAAUAAUGAAAAGCCAAAAACGUUUUGAAGAGAAUAGAUAACUAUUUCGAAGUACCACCAUUUCGUGAUCUUGAAGAAAAUAAUGUGACAGCAAAUUCUGGUACUUUCUCAGUAAUGAAAAGUGCAGUAGUAGUUUUAGAAAAAUUGGCAUCCGAAAAUAAUAUGAUAACCGAUCAGCCAUCCUCCCCAGAAUCACCAUCGCUACUUGCAACUCGAAAGAGAAAAAUGUCAAAACCAGGCGAUGUGAAUUCAAAGCCACCACAGGCAUCUGGUUCUUAUGUCAAAGUACCACAAUCCAAAAAACCAACUAUAUCACCGUCAUCAUCUGAAUCAGAAACAGAAUCAUAUGAUUCACUGCGUCUCGACUUGUUUUAUAAAUACAAGCAACCUCAAGAAUCUUCAAAUAAUCCAGAUGGUCAGUUAUCACCAAUUCAAAGCUUUUCACCUGAAUCUCAAAAAAGUACACCACGAAGGAAUACACCAUCUCCAAACUUAUCUGAAAAUAUAUCACCUGAACACACACCACCACCUGGUCGACCUUUGUUUACGCCAUCUCCUUCACGAAGUCAGGUGAUACAACCACAAGAUGCACCAGGUGAACGACAGCCACCAGUGCGAAAUGAGGUUAGGGAUUCCCGAGAUGCACCAGGUGAUGUACCACAGCCACCAAUACGAAAUGAAAUUGAUGGAGAACCCCAAGACGCAGCAGAUCAAGAACAGCUACCGAUUCAAAAUGAAGAUAUAAUAGAAGUUCAAGAUCCAGUAAAUAGAGAGCAGCCUCAAAAUGGACACCAGUCGCCACCUCAGAAUGAACCAAGGCCAAGACGUAUCAAGUAUUAUAAAAUGACAGAAUAUGUCAAAAAUUGCGUGGAAUACUACGCUAAGAGAGGAGAACCUGGUAAUCGAGAAAUGCGGAGGCGAUAUAAUAUAGCAUUUGGAAAUGAGCUGUACCUUGGAGAGGAUAUAUCUGUUAAUUUACUGCAGUGGGAACUUUUGCAAAGGCAUAAGCCACAAGUAUUCCUGAUAGAAUUGGCUGUGCUUAUUUGGGGAGAAAGGAAUUUAUGUAACAGAGCAUUGGACUUGACCCGAGGGGUGGAGAAUAUUCCUAACAGGUCACCAGUGAAGUUAAUUGAAAAAGAUAUAUUACGAUUGCUAAUAAGCCUCUACAAUGACUUUCUUAAUAACCACAAGUAUCCAAGUGACGAGAAAGCAUCUUAUUUGCUACGGGCAACUCAUGUUUUGAGACAUAAAAUAAGAGAUCUGCGUGCUGCAGAGAAAAAUAAAUUUCAGCUACCAAAUGUCAACGCUCAAAGACGUUUAAGAUAUAACGUCAGAGAUUAAUCUUAUUUAACAGAUUUUCUUUUUUAAAAUGUCAUCUGUAUUCAGUUAAGUUUCUUAUUUUAUAGGAGCUAUUUAAAUCAAAGUAUAUUAUUUUGUUUCAAGAUCAACUAGUCGAAGAAACGCUAGUCCUAGUAGAGAUCACUACUAAAAAUCAAAAAUAUAACAUGAGUUCAGUCACAUUUCUUACUUUCUAGUAGUGAUUUCAAUUAAAAUAUAAACUUUUUGUUUCGAGGUUCACUAGUCGAAGAACCCUAGUCAAAAAUUGACGUUUUGUAAGUUUAGGAUUACAAAAAUGAAAAAAUCACAAUACUUUGAUAGGCAGUUGGAGAACUGAUUAAAAUGAUUAAAAAUUAUUUGAGCAGAGGCAUUAUUGUUAACCUAAAUGGAUUUUAGCAAUUUUAUCAUUUUAAUCGUUUCUUGUCCUUACCUGUUA